CCGCGCAGCUCUCAUUGCCGCGGGGCCCGGCCCGGCUGCGGCACACAGACACUGCUUUAAGACAAAGACAUCAUGGAUAAAUAUGAAAUUAUUAAAAUGAUUGGGGAAGGAGCCUUUGGCAAAGUAUUCUUAGCAAAAGGAAAGGUAGAUAACCACCAAUCUGUUAUCAAAGAGAUCAAUUUAACAAAGAUGCCUGUGAAAGAAAAAGAAGCAUCUCAGAAAGAAGUAAUUCUUCUGGCUAAGAUGAAGCACCCAAAUAUAGUAACAUUCUACAGUUCUCUUCAAGAAAAGAAUAAACUGUACAUUGUGAUGGAAUAUUGUGGUGGAGGUGAUCUGAUGAGACGGAUCAAUAUGCAACAUGGAGUGUUGUUUGAUGAGGACCAGAUUCUGGCUUGGUUUGUGCAGAUUUCCUUAGGACUGAAGCAUAUUCAUGACAGGAAGGUUUUACACAGAGACAUAAAAGCUCAGAACAUUUUCCUUAGCAAUAAUGGAAUGGUAGCAAAGCUUGGGGAUUUUGGCAUAGCAAGAAUGUUGAACAAUACUAUGGAGCUUGCUCGUACGUGUGUAGGGACACCCUACUAUCUGUCGCCAGAGAUCUGUGAGAAUCGACCAUAUAACAAUAAAACAGAUAUUUGGUCUCUUGGCUGUGUCCUCUAUGAGCUGUGCACUUUAAAGCAUCCGUUUGAAGGCAACAGUUUACACCAGCUGGUGCUGAACAUCUGCAGAGGACAUUUUAUCCCAGUGUCUCCAAAGUAUUCCUAUGACCUGAGGAUUUUAAUUUCCCAGCUGUUUAAAAUAUCUCCAAGAGAUCGACCAUCUAUCAAUUCCAUAUUAAAAAAGCCCUUCUUGGAGAAGCGCAUUACCAACUACUUGCCCCCUGAAGUAAUACAUGAAGAAUUCAGUCACACUGUUAUACAUAAAAAAAGACCAGCAGCACAGCCUGUAGCCAAGCUGGUGCAGGUUCCUAAACUUCAAAAAGUGAGAGUCCAGGACCAUCGUCCUCCAAGAUUCAGGAUGGUGGCACCUGUCAAGAAACAGGAAUUAUUACAAAGUAAUGAAUGGAAACCUCCUUCAAGAGUCCAGCAGCCUAUUGCCCAGCAUUGGCGCUCCAGAUUUAAGAUGGCAGAAAGGCCAGAAGCUGCCAGAGUACAUGGACAUUAUGGUCAUUACUAUGAUAAACUUGACAACUUGCAGAAGAGACUUUAUGUACAAGACGACCUUUCUCGCAUCAACCAAAGAGUCGAGGAGUAUUAUAAACAGAAAGGACAAGUUGCACCACCCCCACCUGAGUGGCCUGCAGAGUAUCUUCAAAGACGGCUCGAAGCCCAGCAGUACAAGAUGAAAGUGGAAAAGCAGUUGGGACUGCGACCAUCCUCUGCUGACCCACGUCACAACCAGAUCCAGCCGCAGGAAGUGAUGGAAGAGCAGCUCAAAGACCAUCAGAGGGAUCUGGCUAGAAGGAAUGAAAUGAAAGAAGAGGAAUACCUGAAACAAUUACAGAAAAUUCGGCAACAGUACCACAGUGAUGUAAAAGAACUUAGAUUCAAAGCAGGAGCAUUGCAGGAGAAUCCACAAAUAAAAGACAAAACCUAUCUUGUGAAACAUGGAAAAGCUGGGGGCCAGCCCGAUCCAAAAGAUACUCCUGGAAGAAGAGAACCACCAGUCCAGGAUAUUGAAGAAAACUUAAAACAUAUCAGACUACAGAACUGGCAAGAGAGAAGAGUCCUGGAAAAGAAAUGUAAAACAAAGGGAGGAGUAAAAUUUGAAAUUAAUUUAGAUGCAUGUGUUCCUGAGGAAGAUACUGUGCAAGAAGAGGAACUAGAUAAACUUAAUGAGACGUUAACUUUUGAGGAUGGUGAGAAUCUUAAGGAGAAAUGGAUGAAGAUCUAUGAAGAUCACACACAAAAAACUUUGGAAGAACUAUGCUCUCCGGAAGGAGAGGCUGGCAAUAUAGAUAAUGCCAUGGAAAUCAGAAAACAAUGGCAAGCUGGAGCCCCCCAGACUCUCCUGGAUUUUCUAGCUGAGGCAGAUGUCACAUCUGUCUGCCCUACAAUGGCUGGAAGUGAACUUGCUGGCCAGGUGGUUGUCGUGCCUGAAGAAACACCAGAAAACAGGAAACAAUGGAAACAAGAAGCACCUGGGACACUGCUGAGUAUCUUAGCGAAAGCAGAACUGUCUAAUGACUCCUUCACCUGGACUGAAGAGGAAUCUGAGGGGACAUUAUCACCCUGGCUGCCAAAAGAGAAUAAGGAUGAUAAUGCAGAAACAGGCUCCACUAUCGAUACCGAUGAAAACAGACUUGAGCCAAGAUCUGAUGAUGAUGACACGAACUUUGAAGAAUCUGAAGAUGAAUUGAGGGAUGAGCUGGUGGAAUCACUAGAAAAAGUGGUAACUUCUCUGGCAGAGGAAGACAGAGAGGUGCCAAUCCAGUCAGCAAACAAAGACAAACCAGAAGGAGAGAGAGAAAGCUUAGCUAGUAAAAUACCUGGGAAACCUGAUGAGGUUUUAGACAAUAACACUGAUCCACUUACUGCUGACACAUGUAAUGGAGAAGGCAGGCAGGAAGCAGCAAUCAGCUAAAAUAGGAGGUUGACUGUUGCUUCAAGACUUUCCUAAGUUGCUGGAAGAUAGAGCCAUAGCAGGGCCAAUAUUUUAAAAACAGGUGUCUAAAGUUAAGUUUCUCAAUCCAUAUUUAGGCACCUGAAGAAGUGCUGAGCACUCAUUUGAAACAAGUGGGAGCUGCUUGACAUGCUGCUCUUUCAACAUUCAGGCUACUUAUUCAAGUGGCUAAAAUUAAUCCCUUUUAAAAAAAAUCUCUGGCCAAAAUGAAAAGCAAACUCAGCUCCUGCUAAUAUCUUUACUCAUCUACACUGCCUCUCUCUCCAUCCAGUCUUUAGUACGUUCCUGACUUUGUGCUUUUCUCUGUUCCCUAUGUCAGAAGUGCACUCUUCCAGUUAUACACCUACUCCCCUACCUCUCUUCCCCCAAAUCCGUCUGUUUGGUGAAGCUUUCCAGUCAUAUGUUGUCCUGUACCGCUUGUAGCUCCUUCUAGUAAGCCAUUAAGAGACAGGAACCCAUAAGUUUGACUUGCACAGCUCUUAUUUUAUAAUUAAUAAUAGCAGCAAAGUUUACUAGUACCACUGGGAUGUUAUGUACCUGAAUUUCUAAUUAGAAGUGCUAUUAUGCAAAAAAAUGACAGCUGGAAGAGGAUAAAACAUGGUAAGGAGUCAUUCCAGCUGUCCUCUCAAAUUUUAGAUGUAAGCUGUCUGGAUAUUAUUUAAAUGGAAGGAACACAAUAAUAAAACUGUUUGAUUUCAGUAGUUCUUUCCUUUCUCUUACUAGCUUUUUUACUUUGCUAAAAUAUAAAAAAAGCCUAUAGUAGACCAUAGCAAACCAACCAUUUUUGUUAAAAGCAGAAGUCUAUUGCUGUAGUGUUUUAACCAUUAGACUACAGUGUUUCAAUGUUACCCGAAGCAGUAGUUUAAAGUCCAAAUUUGUGAGCCACUGGAAUAGGCUCUGUCUGAUCAAGUUUUCAAUUUUCUUUAAAAUAUUAAAAAAAAAAAAAAAAAAAGGCACGAGAAAACAAGUUAUCCUUCUAAGAGGAAGAAGAUAUGGUUAAUACAAGGGAUAGCUGCAAAUAGUUAAACCUCUGCUCCUGCUUUUUUUUAAAAGCACUGUAGGAUUAAACCUUAGUGAACCCUAUAGCUAAGGCUGCAAAAUAGUGUUUGUUUAUUCUGAUUUGAGACAGAUGUCUGAAAAAUUUGCAUUAGGGAAUGCAAGCAAAGAAACUGUAAACUUAACUUUUCUUUUACAUUGUGAAAGGAGAGUACCUAAUAUAAAUAGUUAGAUUUAUGUAAUAUUUCAGGAAGGAUUUGGUAAUAUUAAGGUUUGCAUCAUAAAUACAAAGCAGCAUUAAUCAUGGCCAUCUGUACUCAAAGAACAAGCAAAGCCUUCAUUGGAAACUUCAGAAUAGUCUUUUAACCCUGGAGAUAAGUUUUUUGGCUUUAGCAUCUGACUCUUAUCAAAAUCAGCAAAGUGUUUAUCUUUAAAAACUGAAUCCCUCCACUGUAGCAUGCCACUCAAUCUGUUUUCCCUGCCUGUUGUUUUAAGGCAAGAAGUCUUCCAAAAGAAAAAAACCACUUUAAAAUAACCUAAAUAUGAGGAGUUUCCACAUGCAGCUCUACUACACAUGAGAAAACAUU